GGAAACACCUGAUGGUCUCGCUGGGACAAUCCGCUCCAUAUAACUCCCCUCUUCACUGUCGGAACAUAAAUCUACCUCCAGGCUUCACUUUUGUCGAGUUUUUGUUUUGUUUUCUCUUCUGAAAAAGUUACAGAGCCAGCUGAUCUCUCUUUCUCUCUCUCUUCAUCCAAAGAAUUAUUGAUAAGGAGACAUUGCACUAUACUUUUUAUUUUUAUUGUUCCUAUUUAUUGUAUUUUGCACUAACGAUGCACACCACGCAAAAGGACACGACCUAUACGAAGAUUUUUGUCGGGGGUCUUCCCUACCACACCACGGAUUCAAGUCUCAGGAAAUAUUUUGAGGUGUUUGGUGAGAUUGAAGAAGCGGUGGUCAUCACCGACAGACAGACCGGCAAGUCUAGGGGUUAUGGAUUUGUGACGAUGGCCGACCGCUCGGCUGCAGACCGGGCCUGUAAGGACCCCAACCCAAUAAUUGACGGCAGGAAGGCCAACGUCAACUUGGCCUACCUGGGGGCCAAGCCUCGUGUGAUGCAGCCAGGUUUUACCUUUGGUGUUCCCCAAAUUCACCCUGCGUUCAUCCAAAGGCCUUAUGGAAUCCCGGCCCACUAUGUGUACCCUCAGGCCUUCGUUCAGCCUAGUAUGGUCAUCCCUCAUGUGCAACCUGCUGCCGCUGCACCUGCCACUGCUUCUUCCCCCUACAUCGACUACACUGGAGCUGCUUACGCGCAGUAUUCUGCAGCCGCAGCCAGUGCUGCAGCCGCCGCCGCAUACGAGCAGUAUCCUUACGCCGCAUCCCCUGCCGCUGCAGGCUAUAUGGCUACUGCUGGCUAUGGUUAUGCAGUCCAGCAGCCUUUAGCCACCGCUGCCCCGGGCUCUGCUGCUGCUGCGGCCGCAGCCUUUGGUCAGUACCAGCCUCAGCAGCUGCAAGCUGACCGCAUGCAAUAGCAGCCACUGCAACCACUGGACAUGCAGAGUGAGGAGGCCCACCCCCGGCCACAGCUGAUUGGUCACGACAGGGCGCACCAAAGGAAAAGGAAGAGGGAGUGGCAUUAAGGGUGGGCGUGUCAGCAACUCAGAGGCUGAGUUGCUUUAAAAAGGUGAUGAUGAUGAUGAUGAUGAUGAUGAUGGUGAGAUGGGAACUUUUUACAGUAACUUUCCAACUUGCUGUGCUUCAACCAAAAAACGAGAAAAUGAAAAAAAGUCGCAGAACAAAUAAUGGAAAAUGAUUUACUAUUAUUAUUGUUGUUGUUAUUUCUAUUAUUAUUAUUAUUAUUAUUAUUAUUAUUAUUAUUAUCAUUACAAUUAUCAUUGUAGUAGAGUACUUAUUUCUAGAGAAGAAAUGCAGGAACUAAUCCCUGUGGUUGGUAUAGGUGUUGAACUAAGCCUUUAAGUCCUAUUGCUGUCUUUAACGUUAGUUUAGGAAACUGUUCUCUUUUUAUCACUUGUGGUUUUCCAUAGGUGUUUUUGAUUAUUUGAUGCCCUCAUAACAUUUAUAUUUAUUAUUGUCAUUGUUACACAUUGGGGGCACUUCUUGUUCUUUUUGUCUUUUCAAGUGCAUUUUUUGGAGUUAAUAUUUUCUGAUAAUCAGGGAAAUGGAACCGUUUCCAACGUGUUAGCUAUUAUUAUGUGACCUCUGUCAGGAAGUCGAGCAGUCGUAACUCGUCGUGUCACACAUAUUUGAAGAACUACCUUUUAUUUAUCUUCCUGAUGCUGAAUGUCCCUUUUUUUUACUCUGUGUCUCGACCUCUUGACCUGUUCAAAGCAAACAAAUCUCCAGGAGACAAAACAACAAAGAAAAGAAACAAAAAAACUGAAAAUGUCAUCAACUCUGACUUUGAUUCUUGGACUAAAGGGGGACUUGGCAAACACAACAAACGCACUGACAAAAGGAGAGAGGUUGAAAAUGGCUUCAGACAAUGAGAAACACUAAAUCAGUCGCUUUUCCACAUGUUUCCCUCACACGUUCACUGACACAUGCAUCCAGAGUUGCACACAUAGCAGUCAAAGACAAAGGCAGCACAGUUGUGUUUCUGUGUGGCUCUGGGAUGGAGAGAAAGAAAAAGAGAAAGAACAGAGGGAGAGAGCAGCUGCUGGUGGGGGUGGACAGAGCCGCUCCAGCGCCACACAGACAGAUCACUCUGGAAAGAACGCAUCACUUGUGCUCGUUUGUCGAGCUGUCACAUUUUAAUCCCCGGCCGGGCACAUUUGGGAACCAACUUCACACCCCUCCACCUAACACAGAGCCCCAUAGCAGACCCCCACCCCCAACCUACCAGUCAGUCAGCCCUGCAGCUGUCAGCACUUCCACCUCUGUGCUGCUGUAGUCUGGUGUCAGGUACACACUCCACAAGCACGCUCACACAAACACACAUGCACACACACACAUACACACACACACGCUUUCACCAAAGCCACCCCAACAACUGGCCUGCCUCAUGUCUGUCAAGAACACCAGGUGGGAUGGAGAGGACAGGGGGGUUUGACUCUUUGACGUUAUGUUGGUCUGUGUGCCUUACAUUUUUACUGCUAUUUAAGAGAAAAGAAAACCAGAAAAAAAGAAUAAAAGAAAUCUACUAUUUAAGAUAUUUAUUUUUGAGGGUUGACUAUGUUGACGCUCUGAGAGUAGAGACUUAGUGGCGGUACUGUAUUAAUAAUAUCAUUAUGUACUCAUCUCAAGGCAUAUAUAAGUUAUUGAUUAGUUUUAGUAAUAAUAUUAUUAUAAUUAUUAUUAUUAUUAACAUACUCAACCAAAAAUGUUGAUGUAGGAGUUAUUUAAGACACUGUUAUGUGCACUGUACUUUUAUUUUUUAUCUUUUUCUUCAGAACAUGACAUUAAAUAUUAGCUUAAUGCCUUUAUGCCUUUUGUAGGGAAGAAACCUUUAUUUAAAUGCAGGCCUGUUUGCAUGCAGAUUGUACUCGGCCUCUUCUGUGUUUAGAUAAGAGGAAAAAACAAUAAUAAUUCUGACAAAAAAACAAGCUAAAAUGCUGCUUUCUCCACUAGAAUGUAUAGUUGUCGUCAAGGUUUCAGUAGCUGUGCUUCUUUUGCUUAAUAUUCAUCAGAUGGGCUAUUUUACAAUGUUGGGAAUUUUUAUACUUGAACUAUUUCUUACAAGGGAAAUAUGAAAAACUAAAUGACAAAAAAAACUUUUUAAGGAAGCUUUUCAUUGUCACUGGAUGAAGGCAUGUAAAUUGUUACUAUUUAAAUGCAAAGGUCCUGUUGAUAAUAAAACCUUUACUUCAGAAUUUCAACACCAUUUACUCAAAAUUGGAAUAAAAUGAUCUAUAUUUAAA